GGGAGGGCCCUUGAAGAGCCAAGUCAUGAGUGCAAACUGACCAGGAGUCCUCACACCUGCUGAGAUCAGGGCUAAUGGCCAAUAGGCCUAGGUAGACUUUGAGGAUUGGCUGCAGCAUUCCCAAAAGUGCAACCUGUAAGUCGUCCUGAUCAGCAGGGUUGUGUCUGAAGCUGCAGCGGACUCAGUCAUUGACUGGUCAUGCAUUAGGAUGAGGUCAUGGGUGGGCAACCCCAUUGGGUAAUCCGGAGUACCCUUGUGGACUGAAACCCCUCAUUACCAGCCUCCUGCUCUGUUACUGCAACCUCAAGAGCAGGAUACCGGAAUGCUGUCCGUCUGAAGAACUAUGAAGCCAAGUCAGCAUGGGACUUUAUCCUGGAUUAACUCUGCAUAGGAUUGAAGAUUGUCAGGAUGGAGCAGCUGGGAAAAGACAACGAUGCUGACCUGAUGUCUGGACCUGAUCCGGAACUGGCAGCUACAAUGGGUUUCUCAGGCUUUGGGAAGAAAGCUCGAACAUUUGACUUCAACGCGAUGUUUGAACAAACUCGAAGAACUGCUGUGGAAAGAGGUAGGAGGGUUCUGGAAGAGCGUGAGAAAGAGGCAGCUCAGAAAGAAAGAGAACUUGGAAGUCAACGUGAUGGUGUCCAUCGAGCAACUGCCUCUUCACAUACAAUUCCAAGAAGACCUUCUGAGGAUUCAGAGAGUAGCGAAAGUGAAGACAGUUCUGAUGAGGAGUUAAUUGGGCCACCUCUACCACCCCAAGGACCAGUGGAAGAAACUGAGGAUGAUGAACUUAUUGGGCCACCCCUUCCUCCUGGGUACAAGGGCAAUGAGGAGGAAGAGGAGGAGGAGGAAGAAGAAACCAUGCAAGAUGAAGACGAGCAUCCUGUCAAGAAGAUUCCAGACUCACAUGAAAUCACACUGCACCAUGGAACAAAAACAGUCUCUGCUUUAGGGUUGGAUCCAUCUGGUGCACGCUUGAUAACUGGAGGUUAUGACUACAAUGUUAAAUUCUGGGAUUUUGCUGGAAUGGACGCUUCUCUUCAAGCUUUUCGAUCUCUGCAGCCAUGUGAAUGCCACCAGAUCCGGUCCCUGCAAUAUAGCAGCACGGGGGACGUCAUUCUUGUUGUCUCCGGUAACGCUCAAGCCAAAGUCCUUGACCGGGACGGCUUCCCCAUAAUGGAGUGCGUCAAAGGAGACCAAUACAUCGUAGACGUGGCAAACACCAAGGGGCACACGGCAAUGCUCAACUCAGGCUGCUGGCACCCCAAAAUCCAGGAGGAGUUUGUGACCUGUUCCAAUGAUGGGACGGUGAGAACGUGGGAUGUGAACCACGACAAGAAGCACAAAGGGGUGUUCAAAGCACGGUCAGCUCAAGGUCAGCGAGUGGUUCCCACAAGCUGCACCUACAGCAGAGAGGGCAAACUCAUAGCGGCUGGCUGCCAGGAUGGGUCCAUCCAGAUCUGGGACCGGAACAUGAACCUUCACACCAAGUUCCACUGCAGGCAGGCACACGCUCCAGGCACUGACACGUCAUGCUUGACGUUUUCCUAUGAUGGCCUCGCUCUCGCCAGCCGAGGAGGAGACGACACCUUAAAAAUAUGGGAUAUCAGACAGUUUAAAACACCCCUUAACUCAGUAACUGGUCUUCCUAGCUUCUUCCCCAUGACAGACUGCUGUUUCAGCCCAGAUGAUAAACUACUUGUUAGUGGUACUUCAGUUAAGAAAGGGGGUGGCCAUGGAAAACUUCUUUUCUUUGAGCGGGAGACAUUGAAGGAAGUGCAUGAAAUAGACGUCACAGACGCGAGCAUCGUCCGUUGUCUUUGGCACCCCAAGCUGAACCAGAUCAUGGUUGGUACAGGAAAUGGAUUAGCUAAAGUGUACUACGAUCCCCUCAAAAGUCAAAGGGGAGCAAAAUUAUGCGUUGUGAAGACAACAAGAAAAGGGACACAGUCAGUGACUCUUGCAAAAGAUUCUAUUGUAACACCUCACGCGCUUCCCAUGUUCCGUGAACCGUGGCACAGAAGUACAAAAAAGCAGCUGGAAAAGGAUCGGCUGGAUCCUCUGAAAUCUCACAAGCCUGAACCUCCGGUGGCAGGACCAGGCCGUGGCGGCCGUGUCGGAAGUCAUGGCAGGACUCUGUCUUCCUACAUUGUCAAGAAUAUUGCCCUGCAUAAGACUGACGAUAGCAACCCCCGGGAGGCCAUUUUGCGGCAUGCCAAGGAAGCUGAGGAGAACCCCUACUGGGUGUCCCCAGCCUACUCAAAGACUCAGCCAACACCAGUUUUUGCCAAUGUAGAAUCUGAUGAAGGUGAAACAGAUGCCAAGCCAGAAGGGAAAAAACGUAGAAUUUGAGGAAUUUAAAAUGGAGGAGGCUCAGGAGGGAGCUGGGAUUAAGCUGAAUUCUCUUUCCUCACAAAAGAAAAAACAAAUUUCUCCAAGCAAAAGUGUCUCCUUGCACUGGUCUUAGAUUAAUACAACUGUAAAGUGAACUAGAAUUGCUUAGCAUUAGAACAUUUUGUAAGCAAGAUCAUAAACAAAAGUUUGUUUUUUAACCUUUUUUCUUUUUAAAAAAAAUAUUUUAUUAUAAACAUUA